CUUCUCUUCCUCGGGGCGGCCAUGAAAGGGCGGCUGCUCUUGCCCCUCCUGCUGCUGCUGGGCUGGGCGAAGGGGGACCCCCCGGAGGGCGAAUGUUCGCAGAACCCGAUCAUUGCCUUUCAAGGAACAGAUACUGUCUUGGAGCCAGUAGUUGACAGCACGGCAACCUAUAUUACCUGGAAAAAAGAAGAACACAUUGUGGCUGAGUCGGCGAUCUCUAAUAAUUUAAAUGGCAACUAUAUUAUCAAAAAUGUGUCACGCAGUCAUGAUGGACUUUACACAGCAGAAAUCGAAAUUGGACGUAAAAUAGAAUACAAACAUUUCUGUCUGAAAAUAUUAGAAUAUCUAGAACCACCUAUUUUAAACUGUUCUGAUCACAGUGAUUACAUCCAGGUAAACUGUACACCGCCUCCACAGAUAGACACCCACAAUCUUCCUGUGUCAUACUAUUGGGAAGACAGAGGAAAAGAUUUUGGUCGUGGACAGUCUAUUAUACUGCCAAUGGAUGAAAGCCUUUCUGAGAAAAUUACAUGCAUUAUUCACAUCUACAAUGUUCAGACCAAUAUGUCCAUCACGUUAACGGAAUGUCUUUCAAAAAAACCUGAUCAAGGGCGAAGUCGACUAGGACUGUGGAUUUCGUUAGUCGUUACAGUGAUAGUGAUUGCAGUGUUUGGAUUUUGUCUGUGGAAGAAAGGUUGGCGUUUGUGUGAUAUCAGGAAGCGGAAAAGCAAGGACAAAGAAGAUACAGGCAAUGCUGAUGUUUCACUGAAUGAAAUGCCGACCAAUAAUGGUCCCAGAGGUGAAUCAGAGGAUUCAAACGAUAACAGGAGCGAAGGCCAUGGUGAAGAUGUUCCGCUGAAUGAAACAACUGAUGAGAAUUCAAAAGAUGAUAGGAGGGAAGGCCAUGGUGAAGAUGAAUGAAACACCUGAUGAGAAUUCAAAAGAUGAUAGGAGGGAAGGAAAUUCUACAACUGGAAAAACUUGAAGACUGAAAAGGAGUUGGCACAGAUUUAAAGACUAGUGAUGGGUUGUGGAACUUCGUAGCAGCAGCACAGGCAAUGGUGGUGUAGUGCUUCGAACAUUGGAGACAAGGGUUUGAAUUCCCACUUGGUCAUGAAACCCACAGGGUAACCUCAGAGGGAAGACAAACCUAUCCUGAACAAAUUUUGCCAAGAAAAAAUCCUUUGUUGUUGCUUUUUAAGAGUUUCAAAUAUAUUUUUUUAAUUGAUAUUAUAUGGGUAAAGAAGUUACACAUGUUUAAAAUAUUUUUCCUUGUCCAAAAAAAAAAAUCUGCUCUGAAAUAUUACCAUCUCUGAAAAGUAGAUGGUUUCAGAUUUACCACCCGGGAAUGGUGGAGAGUUCCAUACUAUAAGAGUGGUUUGCUCUUACAGAAGAUUUCUUAGAAUCAUAGUUUGGCAGUUGUUAGAAUCAUAGAAUCACAGAGUUGGAAGAGACCUCGUGGGCAACCAGUCCAACCCCCUGCCAAGAAGCAGGAAUAUUGCACUCAAAGCAGCCCUGACAGAUGGCCAUCCAGCCUCUGUUUAAAAGCUUCCAAAGAAGGAGCCUCCACCACGCUCCGGGGCAGAGAGUUCCACUGCUGAAUGGCUCUCACAGUCAGGAAGUUCUUUCUCAUGCUCAGAUGGAAUCUGCUUUCUUGUAGUUUGAAGCCAUUGUUCCGCAUCCUAUUCUCCAGGGAAGCAGAAAACAAGCUUGCUCCCUCCUGCCUGUGACUUCCUCUCACAUGGCUAUCAUAUCACCUCUCAGCCUUCUCUUCUUCAGGCUAAACAUGCCCGGCUCAUUAAGCCACUCCUCAUAGGGCUUGUUCUCCAGACCCUUGAUCAUUUUAUUCGCCCUCCUCUGAACACAUUUCAGUUUGUCAAUAUCUCUCUUCAAUUGUGGUGCCCAGAAUUGGACACAAUAUUCCAGUUGUUGUCUAACCAAGGCAGAAAAGAGCAUGGGUAGCAUUACUUCCCUGGAUCUAGACACUGUACUCCUAUUGAUGCAGGCCAAAAUCCCAUUGGCUUUUUUCUUCCAGCUUGGGACUUUAUAAAAACGAAAUAACAUUCUGACAUUAGAUGAUUGCUUGCUUCAGUUGAUUUCCAGCUGCAGAGCUUUCUGUUUUCAUGCUUCUUCAUCCUUGUGCUGGGCAUCAGUUUCUUCCAUCUUCUUGGCAGCCACCAAAAGGAAAAGAGAUGUAAAGAUGGGCUUAAAGCUAACCUUAAAAAUUGUGGCAUAGACACUGAGAACUGGGAAGCCCUGGCCCUCAUGCAUUCUAACUGGAGGUCAGUUGUGACCAACAGUGCUGUGGAAUGCGAAAAGGCACACAUAGAGGGCAAAGGGGAGAAAUGUGCCAAGAGGAAGGUAUGUCAAGACAAUCUUUGUCGGGACUGCCUUCCAUGUGGAAAUCAAUAUCCUCACUGCAAAAGAAUAUGAAGAUUCAGAAUAAAUCUCUACAGCAGUGGUUCUCAACCUGGGGUCCCCAGAUGUUUUUGGCCUACAACUCCCAGAAAUCCCAGCCAGUUUACCAGCUGUUAGGAUUUCUGGGAGUUGAAGGCCAAAAACAUCUGGGGACCCCAGGAUGAGAACCACUGCUCUACAGUCAUCUACUGACCCACUGCCAAGAUCCUACACAUGGAAGGCAAUCAUACUCUGCCACGAGUGAUAGCCUAUGAUGAUGGCGAUGGUGAUAGCAGCCACUUUCUUCUUAACUUUGCCAUCUGCCAAUUUCCCCCUUGCACCUUCUCAUUUUUCUCCUCAGGUUGAGCCAGCUUUUGCUUAAGCUGUUUCUCUUCCUGUUCUGCCCACUCUCUAGUCUGUGAAAGUGCUAUUCAUGCUUCUGCUUCGUCUCUUCUUGUUGUUGCCUUUUCUCCUCUUCCACUUUCUGUUUUCGAUACUAUGCAGCUGCUUUUUCCUGAGAUUUUCAGAGUUACCUCUCCUUUUCCUGGGGAGUGAUCAUCAGAGGCAGGGGUCCACAAACCUUUUACACAGAGGGCCAGGUCAUAGUCCCUCAAACUGUUGGAGGACCGGAUUAUAAUUUGAAGGAAAAAAAUGAAUGAAUUCCUAUGCACAGUGCAUGUAUCUUAUUUGUAGUGCAAAAAACCACUUUAGAACAAUACAAUAAUUAAAAUGAAGAACAAUUUUAACACAUAUAAACUUAUUAGUAUUUCAUUGGAAAGUGUGGGCCUACUUUUGGCUGAUGAGAUAGGAUUGUUGUUGUUGUUGUUGUUGAUGAUGUGUUUCAGACUUAGGUUGACCCUGAGCGAGGGCCAAAUAAAUAACCUUGGAGGGCCGCAUUCAGCCCCCGGGCCGUAGUUUGAGGACCCCUGCUCAAAGGCAUGGAUGAUUUUAUUGUACUGCUUUGGCUCACAGAGCUUGGAGUUCCCUUUAGACUUUGCUUCGUAUGCAUUGUGUCACCAAAUGUCUUGAAUGGGCGGACAACCUGGGGAGUGGUCCUGAUUUUAUUGUACUGCUUUGACUCACAGAGCUAAGGGUUUGUUUUUCAAAUUGUUAAUUAGUUUUUGUGGAUCCAGAAACAAUAAGCACACUGAUGAUUGAUGAAUAAGGACAUAUUUAUUUACAGCAAAGUUGACAUAUAUGUAGAUAGAAAGCAAGAUAUACAAAACCCAGUUUCCUCUUUCUGUUGCGGGACCCCAGGAAGAGCAAGAAGGAAAACUCCGAUUUGGCCAGUUCAUGCAGUGACUGGUUUAUGCCUGCAUCGAGGUUCCAGCGAAAAAGAAAAAAAGCCUUGAAAAAGAAAAAAAGCCUUGAAAAAGUAAAAAGAAAGCCUCGAAAAAGAAAAAAAAGCCUCGCUCUUAUGCUAACCCUCCUGGGUAAUUUUCCACCAGGUACCUCUAAUGAACCAAGGCUGAGCUGAAUUCUUGAAACCAUCCUUCCUUAAAGCCAGAGGCCAGCUUGAUAACAUACUCUCCCGAUACUUCAGGCUCUCUAUGACUUUGUUCCAGCAAAGAUUUAUAGUUGUUAGGGAUUCAACCAAAACAUUCAGACCAUAUCAUGGACUCUUCCAUCUUCCACAAAAAGGUUUUCCCUACAGGGUUUCCAUAAGACUUUGCUUCUUAUGUAAUGUUUACUUAAAUGUCUUUAAUGGAGGACAACCUGGAGAGUGAUCCUUAAAUAUGUGUUUUGCUUGAUGAAUGAUUAUAGGAUCACUUUUCAUAGAAUCACAGAAUCAUAGAAUCAAAGAGUUGGAAGAGAACUCAUGGGCCAUCCAGUCCAACCCCCUGCCAAGAAGCAGGAAUAUUGCAUUCAAAUCACCCCCGACAGAUGGCCAUCCAGCCUCUGUUUAAAAGCUUCCAAAGAAGGAGCCUCCACCACACUCCGGGGCAGAGAGUUCCACUGCUGAACGGCUCUCACAGUCAGGAAGUUCUUCCUUCCUUUUGGGUCUCUAUAGGAGGGGGAAAGCUUUGAAGGCAUUCCAUUCAACAAUGAGUAAAACAGUGUUCUUAUUUGUGGGGCAAUGUUCUCAUUUUUUCUGCCCCAAUAACUAUACCCUCACAGAAUUAAUUGCUCUGUAAUCAUGACUUUAUUCACAACUACUUUUUAAACCAUUUAUGCCUCAAGUCCAUCACACUGGCCUGUCCACACCUUUCCUAGGCUGUGUCCUAAAUGCAUACAUUUUAUGUAAUAUGUACAGUGUUAAAAAAACAUAAAUUAUUGCUUUCAUCUCCUGCAAUGUACAUGUUGUUUUGGAUUACUCAGUGUUUAUUUUUUCUAUUAAACAUGUUUUAUUCCAUUUUA